UCACUUUUUUCACACAAAAUACACGCACAAAACAAAACACACACUCAUCCAUCGACGUUAUUUUCUUCCUUUUCACCUUUGAUCCAUUCUCAUGGUGUCACCCCCUAUCCCCUAAGCAUUUCCAACCCUUCCACAGUCUUCAAUUGCAUCUAGUUUCUCCAAAUCCCAAUCCCUCUCGCUUAGAUCUCAAUUGGGUUAUGGAAAUGGCUUCCAGUCCCCGCACCGUCGAAGAGAUCUUCAAGGAUUUCAGUGCUAGAAAAACCGCUAUUGUUCGCGCUCUCACUCAAGAUGUUGAUGAUUUUUACGGGCUCUGUGAUCCAGAAAAGGAUAACUUGUGUCUUUAUGGACAUCCAAAUGAAAGCUGGGAAGUAACGCUGCCAGCGGAGGAAGUUCCGCCAGAGCUCCCUGAGCCAGCUCUUGGAAUCAAUUUUGCUAGAGAUGGCAUGAAUCGCAGGGAUUGGCUUUCUCUGGUUGCUGUGCACAGUGAUUCGUGGUUGCUUUCUGUGGCCUUUUAUCUUGGAGCUCGUCUUAACCGCAAUGAAAGGAAACGUUUGUUCAGUCUGAUCAAUGACUUUCCCACCGUGUUUGAAGUUGUGACUGACAGGAAACCAGCUAAAGACAAGCCAGCCACGGAUAGUGGAAGCAAAUCCAGAGGAAGCACCAAGAGAUCUAGUGAUGGGCAAGUUAAGAGCAACCCUAAGUUUGCAGAGGAGGGUUAUGAGGAGGAGGAUGAUGAGCACAGUGAAACCCUUUGCGGGAGCUGCGGUGGAAACUACAAUGCCGACGAGUUUUGGAUUGGGUGCGACAUAUGCGAGAGGUGGUACCAUGGGAAGUGUGUGAAGAUUACACCUGCAAAGGCUGAGAGCAUAAAGCAAUAUAAGUGCCCAUCAUGCAGCAUGAGGAGGGGCAGGCCCUAGGGCUGAAAGGUAUAUGGCUGACAACAAGAUACUUUGAUAUUGUUACAUCACUCAGAGAAGUUCAUGUUAAUGGGUAUAACGGUGUAUCCAAUGCGCAUCUCUAGUGGCGUAUUUCGCUGGGAUUAAGUUUAUUUUACCAUGAUAAAUUCUUAGUGUGUGAUAUUUACUUACAGAAUAGAACAUGACAUUUUCAUUUGUCAACUAGUUGAUAUUUGCUUGAAUGUACACAUUGUUCUCUUGUUCACUUAACCUUGUUUCAAAAAAUAAAGGGUAUUGCUCCUUUUCCCUCCA